UUCAAAGAUGGCGGACAGAUUGAGACGAUUGACUUGUUAUAACAGUGUUGUUAAGGCGUAGAUUUACCUUUAAUUUUCGAUAUGGACUCGCAAGAUUAACUUUCAAGUCUCUCAUGGUAUUGAUCCCCGGAUAAAAUGGAGACAGAACAAGAGAAAGGCCCACCUGAAGAAAGGCAGCAAUGGAAACUUGAAAAGGACUCAGAAUUACGUAUUGAAAUCCCAGAGGGAAAAGGAAAAGCACAACUUGUGCUGCUACAAGGUCAAGGUGAGGUGUUUGGAACUGAACUGGUGAGAAACAAGAAGUUCACUUUCAAAGCUGGAUCAAAUGUUGCAAUUUUUACUUGGCAUGGUUGCACUGUAGAAAUCUCUGGUCCUGUUGAUGCAUAUGUCUCUAAAGAGACACCAAUGGUAAUGUACUUGAAUCUUCACAUGGGACUGGAACAGAUGAGACAGAAGGCUGAAGCUGUUGAUGAACCAGAGACUGGUCCAAGGGUGAUGGUUGCUGGCCCAGUUGAUGUUGGGAAGUCAACACUCUGUAAACUUUUGUCGAAUUAUGCUGUUAGAUUGGGAAGAAGACCAGUAUUUGUUGAUCUGGAUGUGGGUCAGGGUUAUAUUGGCAUCCCAGGCACAAUGGGUGCUCUUUUAAUUGAAAGACCUGCUGACAUUGAAGAAGGAUUUCCACUUCAAGCACCACUAGUUUAUCACUAUGGUCACGUGUCACCAGCUCCCAGUGAAAAGCUUUACAACAAGAUAUCCAGCAAAAUAGCUGAAGUCACAAAAGAGAGGUUUGAAAAGAACAAGAAGGCUCGAGUCAGUGGAUGUAUUAUCAAUACCUGUGGCUGGGUGACUGGAACUGGUUAUAGAAUUCUGGUGCAUGCUGCUGAAGCAUUUGAAGUGAAUGUCAUUGUUGUUCUUGACCAAGAGAGACUUUACAAUGAUCUAAAGAAGCAGUUUGGCAGCAAGGUUCAGAUUGUGCAUCUACCAAAAUCUGGCGGGGUGGUGGUAAGAAGUCAAGAGACUCGCAGAGAAACAAGAGAUAACAGAGUGAGAGACUACUUUUAUGGAAUUAACUCCAGUUUUUAUCCGCAUAUUUUUGAGGUCAAAUUUGCAGACAUAAAGAUCUACAAGAUUGGGGCCCCUGCUGUUCCUGAUUCAUGUCUGCCACUUGGAAUGGCUCCAGAUCAGAAUGAAACCAAACUGGUCCCAGUUCAACCAGGACGUGAUUUGAAGCACUGUGUGUUGGCAUUGAGCGCUGCUGAAUCACUAGAAGAAGACUUAGUUACAACAAACACAAUAGGAUUUGUUGUGGUUAAUGAUGUUGAUUUAGAUCGUCAAAUGAUGGUGGUGCUGUCUCCAGCGCCAAGGCCACUACCAAGAAAGUUCUUCCUGCUCAGCGAUGUCAAGUUUAUGGACUUCAAAUAAUUUGAAGAAGCAUGACAUGUGUUACUGUUUCAUGCAAUUCUCGUUGACAUCAUUUAUUUAGCUUCCAAGUCCUAUUUCAGCAAUUUCAUUUGCUCAUGCAACAGCAUAUGGCCUGCAAGUACUUUGAACUCACCAGUCUGUUGAAUUGGAAUAGGAUUAUCCAUGCCAGUCUUGUUUGAGAUCUUUCUUUCCAUUUGGAACACAAUGAUGUUUUUAUUG